UACAUGCUAAACAAAAUGAUUGGGUCACAGGCUGUCAGUGGGAUUGAAAACCUUUUAGUCACCAUAGAAGCCUUGGCAGCCCAACCCAAACCUGGUGGAAAACUAAGCACCUUCUAUGCUGCCAUGCAAGAGCAGCACCACCAGAAUCAGGAUAAUGAAAUUAUCAAGUUCAAGUUUCAAGAAGUCAACCUUUCAAAAGGGGAGGCUGCAAAACUGGUGGAAGGCGAAUCCAUCAGCCAAGCUGCCCCCAGACUGCACCGGGCAAUCGAAAGAACAUGCGAGUCCACUGUGAAACACCUGAGAAACAGAUUCAGUAGCCUGCUGGAGAACAACACAAAGGACACACAAACAACCACAGCAGUGCAGUCUUUUAAUGCCUUCAACCACCAUGCCUGGCCAGAUGACAAACGUAGGCUCUGGAACCACGGUGUGAAGGAUGUAGAGUUUCUCUUGGAGCACUUCUCCACAGUCCUGAGAAGGAAUGGGUGCAAUCCAGAACUGGCCAAGGAAGAAUUUCAAGCUAUGAAAAUGAUGAUAUACACAUCUUUUAAGGACAAGAGCUACCUUGGACUCUGGGAGGUGAUGCUAACUACUGAGCCAUACUGCUCAGAUUAUAAGAACAUCCUACACCUGAUUCAGAUCAUGCUGGUACUGCCUAUUUCUGCUGCUGUCUGUGAGAGAGGUUUCUCUACACAGAAAAGAAUUAAAUCAGACAUAAGAGCAAAUCUUCACUCAGACACUUUAGAAGACCUUAUCAGAAUCAGUGUAGAGGGGCCUGAACUGAUUGACUUUGAUGCCAGAGAGAGUGUGCAGAACUGGCUCUCACAGGGGCAAAGGGCAAGGAGGCCCAACUAUACACAAUGGCCAAUCGAUAUUGGCAUGUGAGGGGGAUGUCCUGUGAAGUGGACAUGCAUUGGUUUUUGUUUCUUAUUAAAAAGUUAAUAGCUGGUGACAAUCUAUUAUUAUAUUAUUUUAUGGAUUUAUUUAUUUUAUUUUUCCUUACGAGUUCAGGAGUAGAAACAAAUUAAUGUUGCACGUUAUUGUGUACUGUAUGUUCUAUUGAAGUAAAUCUAUCAAUGUUAAAGAAAACAAGAAGGCAUGUGGUUACAAAAAGAUGGCAAGAACAAUAAAAAGCACAUCUGUAUGCAAUACAGCUUCAUUAUUGUUUAUUAUCCAGAGCCGCUUAAUAUAACUAAUUUGUGCGACCAAAUCAUGUUUUGCGCAAGUAACUGAAAAAGUUAGUAGCGCAAGUGCCACCAGUGGAAAAAGU